GUUCGAUCGCUUGAAGGAGCAUCCAUCUAUUGCAUCUAUCUAUGCUAGCAGUAUUAGAACGCGGUUAGGAGGUAUUAGGAUAGAUAGACGAUAUUCAAUUACCCAACAUGAAAGCGUACUGGUACGAUAACAAGGAGGGCGACCAACGCGCUCGCCACGACUCCGGCCGUGCCGUAGAAGAAUCUUAUCUUUCAAGCCUUGGUGUCCUAUACCGUCGAUGCCCCAAUAUCUCAGACGUCGACUCCCUCGCUAGUGAUCGGGGCUACAAGAAUCGCGAUGAGAUCACCAUCUCCCCUGAGAAAAUGGGCGACGUCUACGAAGAGAAAGUGAAAAUGUUUUUCCACGAGCAUCUACAUGAAGAUGAAGAAAUCAGAUAUAUCCUUGACGGAGAGGGUUAUUUUGACGUACGGAGUGAAGGUGAUGAAUGGGUGAGGAUUGCGGUGGAAAAGGAUGAUCUCUUGGUAUUGCCUGCGGGCAUAUAUCAUCGGUUUACGACAGGGGAGAGCAAUUACAUCAAAGCUAUGCGGUUAUUCCAGGACGAGCCCAAAUGGACCCCUUUGAAUAGAAGUCCAGAGGUUGACACAAACAAGCAUCGCAAAGCGUAUUUGCAAUCUCGGACUGUGGCUGCUGCUUAGAUAGCCGGCUACUCUCGCACAUAGCAACAUGAUGGAUAUUUAAGCCAACAUUGUUAUACACAUUUCAUACCCAUAAUAUUACAAACUUCUUCACCAAUCAGCUGUGGAAUAAUUAAAACCCUGUGAACACCCAUAGUUUUAAGAUCAUAUUCUCGUCAAAAUGAGUGUGCACAGUUGUCAUAAUUACUUUUCAAUACCUAGAUCCGAAAUAUCCUGACUCUCCAUACAUUCCUUGGGAGGCGAUAGAUUCACCUAUAUGCGGGGGACGGGGUUCGUGCAAGCGGACCAAAAAAAAG